AUGGAAGACGACACUAAGGUCAUCGAACCCAACGAAGAAACUCAACACCCAGAGAGCGAAAGCGAGGAAAGCGAGCAAGUCUCACAAGAGGAGAAACUGUCAACAAAAAAUGAGACAGUUACAACGCAGCUAAUCACCACUCAUGAGGAAAUCAUCAGUCGAAGUGGAUCGUCAGGAUCAAAGGAGCCCGCUCAACGAAAGUCAACGCCUGCAGCUUCAAAAACAGCACUCACCAUGCAACAGGAAGGUCAACUAAGACUAUUAACGUUUAAGGUAGAAACUCUGAUGGAGAUCUAUCAUGACCUCCCGCAGGACGUUGAAACCGAAGAGGACCUCACCCUAGAAGAACUAGACGGGCACAAGGGGAUAAUUGAGGCAGAAUGGAGCGAGUAUUUUCAGAUUUAUGCCAAUCUAGCCGAGUUUCUUCCCCCUGAUCACGAGUAUGUGAACGAAAGGAUCCAUGAACGAGCCACCAAAACAAGACGACAAGCCCUGAUGCUCAUUGCUCGGCUGAAGGGUCAACUGGCAAGGAAAAGGGAUUCAAUCAGCAGCUCAACAGAUCAAAGCCAGGCAAAUCAGCUGAAACGUCUUGACAUCAAGCCAUUCGAUGGGAAACCGGAAGAAUGGAAGGAGUUCAGUGACCUUUUCUUGUCACUGGUGGGAAAUGUCACGUCGAUUCCACCAGUACAGAAAUUUGUGAGACUUAAGGGAUGCCUGAGAGGUCCAGCAGCAGCUCUCCUCUCCACCUUUCAGGCCAAGGACGAAAACUACGACAAGGCUUGGCAGAAACUCACCAGGAAGUACGAAGACCCUAGACUCGUCGCUCAGUCGUUAUUCAACAGGAUCCUGACGCUGCCGAAAAUCACCCAAGCAACAGAAGAGAACCUCAGCGCCAACGGAGCAGCAGCAUUGGAGACCCUAGAUCAAUUACAAGACGUGACGGGGCUGACGACAGACAACAUCGCUGAACAGCUGAUAGCCCAUCUACUGAGGAGAUCUCUUGAUGCAGAGACACUCAAGCAAUGGGAACUAAAGCUGGGAGACUCAAAGGAUUUCCCGAGCCUUAAGGAGUUCGUGGCGUUCAUCGAGGCCUGCGGCAGAGGGAUCAACGCAGGUGCCAAGCUGCUAUCAUCAAAGGAACUCAACGCAGCUACGAAGAAGUCAGCUCCUAUAAAGAAAAGGAGCACCUAUACGGCAGCAACUCAACAGCAGGAAAUUAAGGAGCCAGAAAGACAACUUCCUAGGAACUGCUGUGCUUACUGUCAGGACAAGCAUUUUAUCGCAUCCUGUCAGAAGUUCAUCGAGCUCACCCCAGCGAAGAGAAACGACGUCGUUAUCAACAAGGGGCUGUGCUUCAACUGCUUGGGGCCACACACGAAGGCGAAGUGCACGUCGGAAAAGAAGUGCCACAAAUGUAGCAGAUAUCACCACACUCUCAUCCAUGGAGGGAGUUCAUGGACGAUGAGCCCGCCUCCAGCCAGACGCACUCAAGCUGAACCCGUCCAGACUGCUGGAACAUCCAGGCAGCAAGAAGAUCACGGGAACAAAUCCAGUACAUCACCACCAGUAGCAGUGAACUUCAACAACAAAAUGAUCAAUGAGAAAGCAGAGAACAUCAACCACGAAACUCACCAAGGAGAAGCAGAUCAACAGUCAGUGCUGUUGGCAACAGCACGAGUAAAAGUCAUAUCACCGAGAGGAUUCACGACAAAAGCCAGAGCACUCAUCGACCAGGGUUCAGAGGUAUCGUUUAUCUCCGAACAAUUAGUUAAUCAACUGCAUUUACAGAGAAGGGCAUCAACAGUGGAGCUAGUGGGAAUUGGUGGAAUUAAUUCAGGAUACACCAGAGGAAUAGUUUCAGUCACUCUACAAUCGAACAGUGGGACUCAUCAACUGCAACUCAACGCCCACAUUCUAAAGAAGCUCACCACAAUAAUUCCGUCAUUUUCAUGCUCAUCAGCGAGGAUCGGCUCACUUCAGAAUCUUCAGCUAGCCGAUCCCCAUUAUCUCAGGCCUGGACCAAUCGACAUCAUACUAGGGGCUGACAACUAUGGGCGGAUCAUCAUGGAUGACGUUGUCAAGUCAGAGCAAUCGAGAGUAGUUGGCCAACGCACAGUAUUCGGUUGGAUAUUAUCCGGACCAAUCGAAUGCACAAAUUGUUCAAUAAAGGUAUCUCUAUCAGCUGUACGAGAAUCUUCGAAUGAACAACUUCUAGAGCUUCUCCAGAAAUUUUGGGUCCAGGAAGAACUGCCAAACGAGAGAUCAUCAACAUCAGAGCUUUCACCAGAUGAGUACGAGUGCGAGAUGCACUUUAGAGCAACUCAUAGCAGAGACAACACCGGGCGAUACAUCGUGAGACUGCCCCUCAAAACUUCAGCAGCAGCGCUCGGAGAAUCGAAAUUCAAAGCAGCACGUCAACUCAAAUCGAUCGUGAGUCGACUCAACACAGAUCAAGCAUACUCCCAGUUGUACAGAGAGUUCAUCAACGAGUACGCAGCACUGGGACACAUGAGAAUAGCACCAGAGACUCCAGAACCCGUGCCAGCUUACUAUCUACCACAUCACGGGGUACUGAGAGAGGAGGCCAUCACAACGAAGCUGAGAGUCGUAUUCAAUGGCUCCAGCCCCAGUUCAUCAGGUAUGUCAAUUAACGAUAUACUGUAUUCUGGUGAAAAAUUACAGAACGAUGCAAUGGUUAUCCUGACUUGGAUGAGAAGGCACAGGCUCGUGUUUGGCACGGAUAUUGUAAAGAUGUUCCGCCAAAUACGAGUUCACCAAGAUGACUGGGAUCUUCAGAGAAUCCUGUGGAUCGACGAGAAUCAACAACCAGUCACCUACCAGUUAACGACAGUCACCUAUGGACUAAAUUGUUCUCCAUGGUUGUCGUUACGUGUUCUUCAACAACUAGCAGAAGAUGAAGGGCACCGCUUCCCAGCAGCAGUAGAGACACUCACCAGAGGUCGUUACGUUGACGACAUUUAUGGCGGUGCAGAAACAGAAGACGGUCUCAAGGAGAUCGCAACGCAACUACAAGGGCUUUGCCAUGCAGGAGGCUUCUCUCUACAGAAGUGGAGCAGCAAUUGUCCAGAGGCUCUGCAUGAGUUGGGCCUAUCAACUGACGAAGAAAUUAUCCAGUUCGAGGAGUCAGUCACCAAGGUACUUGGAUUGUGUUGGCAUCAAUCCACCGACACAUUCCGGUACAAAUCAAAGGAUUUCAAUACGGCGACAAUCACCAAGAGAGUAGUCUCUUCAGAAAUAGCCCAGAUUUUUGAUCCACUGGGAUUUAUCGCACCAGUUGUCGUCCAGGGAAAGAUUCUCCUACAAGAUCUUUGGAGAUUGAAACUAAAAUGGGAUGAUCCUCUUCCAGAUGAGUAUGUUCAACGCUGGAAGACAUUCCGAGAGAAUCUCAACGACCUAGACAGAGUAACUGUACCUAGAUGGCUGAGAAUUUCAACAGAGACACUCAACAUCCAAAUUCAUGGAUUUGCAGACGCUUCAACGGUAGCCAUGAGUGCAGUGGUGUAUAUUCGCACCAAAACCAUCAACGACUCGACAUCAACAGUACUGGUAUGCGCGAAGACUAAGGUAGCACCACUCAAGCGCAUGACCAUCCCUCGACUAGAGCUCACAGCAGCUCUUCUACUGACUCAGCUAGUGGCAUCAACGAAGAAAAUGCUCCAACUCGACCAGGUAGACACCUAUCUCUGGUCUGAUUCUUCAGUAGCACUAGCUUGGAUCAGGAGCCACGCAUCAAGAUGGAAGGACUUCGUCCACAACAGGGUCGUCAAGAUCCAGGAAACUCUCCCGAAUGCUACCUGGAGACAUGUCAGUGGAAAGGAGAAUCCAGCUGAUUGUGCCUCCAGAGGCAUAUCACCGAGCCAGCUAGAAGAUCAUCAACUGUGGUGGUCAGGACCUGAGUGGAUCAAUCAGGAUCCUGAAGAAUGGCCACAAUCAUCAAUCGACGCUCCAGCAAUGGACAUCCCAGAAGUGGCCAGAGAAGCAAAACCAGCACCAGCACAUCCAGUUGCAAUUAAAAUCAACGAAAUUGCAGAGCUACUCAACAGAUAUCAGACGAUGGCUAAAUUGCUAGCCGUAACAGCUACGAUAACCCAACAUCAAUACUUUGGGCCAGCCAUUCGAGUACUCCAGAAAAAUCACCAACUACCGAGAAAUCAUCAACUAGCCAAGCUGACACCCACACUAGACAACGAAAGGAUCAUGAGACUUGGGGGACGCCUCAAGAACUCGCAGUUAAAUCCAGACGAAAUUCACCCAAUAAUCUUGCCUCGCCAAUCACGCCUCACCACACUAGUCAUCGAAGAAGCUCACCGGAAAACACUCCACGGAGGAACUCAACUCACCUUGGCCUAUACCCGACAAAGGUACUGGAUAAUCGGCGGCAGAGGCACAGUUAGAGCAUAUAUUCAACGCUGUGCCAUCUGCACCAGACACCGAGGAAGACAGGCCCAGCAACAGAUGGGUCAACUACCAGCAACGAGAAUCUCACCAGCAAGAGCAUUUCUCCACACAGCUGUCAUGUACAGUGACAAUGCCACUACCUUCGUGGGCGCAGCAGAGGUCCUAGAGAAAAUCUACCACCGAACAUCCAGAGAAAAUCAGCAGGUUCAGGCUGCUCUCGCCACCAAUGGGACUCAAUGGAGCUUUUCACCACCACGAGCACCCCAUUUUGGAGGCAAGUGGGAAGCAGCGGUGAAAUCAACAAAAUAUCACCUUAGAAGAGUCUUGGGGACAACAACACUCACAUUUGAGGAACUCAACAGUGUCGUGAUCCAGAUAGAGGCCUGCCUAAAUUCCAGGCCAAUCUGUCCCAUGUCAGAUGACCCAGACGAUCUCCAAGUACUCACCCCAGGACACUUCCUGAUAGGUGAGCCUCUUCAACUGAUUCCAGAGCCAUCAAUCAUCGACAAGAACCCCAGCAAACUGCAGAGAUGGAACCUGGUAACGCAGCUAACUCAACAAUUCUGGUCCAGGUGGGCCAAAGAGUGUCUUCAACGAUAUCAGGCAAUCUACAAGUGGACGCAUCGAGAAGAGAACAUCAAGGUUGGCGACAUGGUGCUGAUGAUCGACGAAAACUAUCCACCAGCACAAUGGCCAAUCGGACGAGUCAUUGCGACACGCCCAGGAGCAGAUGGGCUAACGAGAGUCGCAACUAUAAGAACCGCAAAGGCAGAGGUACCAAGGCAGGCAGAUGGAUCACCAAUCAUAGAAAACAUCAGAACAAUCUACACAGAGCUUGACAGACCAAUCACCAAGCUUUGCCUACUGCCAUCAGAUCCACCACCUCCAGAGCAACCUCCAGACGAUGAUGCAGAAGAUCAACAGGACUAA